ACUUUGGCUGGCUGACCUGCUAAAAAUUUUCCAUCUCCUCCUCUUCCUCUUCCUUUCUCCCUCGCGCUCACGACGCAUUGCUUUCGCAAAUUCGCUCGCGCUCUUCGAUCUCUCUCCCUCCCCGCAGCAUUCUUCCCCGACUGGAUUCGUCGAUCGCGAUCUCGUCCACCGGAGGGAGGCCUCGAAUCGGAUCGGCAGGGCCGCGCCGCGCCGCGCCAAAUCUCUCGUUCGACUGAGUGGCAUGAUCGUCAGAUGGAGUGAAAGUUGACUCAGUCUAUGGACAACACAAUGGAAGAAGAAGAAUAUACUAAAGAGCUAAAUGAACCUUCCAAAGAUUUGGGUGAUAUUGGACAGAUAGAGGAUAUUGCAGGACCAUUACACCAAGCUCAUGAUAUAAAGAAUGAUGGUGCAACAGAGGUAGAAAAUAACGUCAUCGGGGAAGGAAUUGAUUCUAUAGCUGCAAUCACGGAUGAAGACCAUUUUGAGCAGGUUUCUUUGAAAGAUCAAGAAAACUCUUUUGGCGAAAACCAUGAAAGUUUAAUAGAUUCAAACAGGUCAUCAACUUCAGACAAUGUUAGACACACGUCUGUGUCAUACUCAGCAGAGUUUGACUCUUCACCUGUUGCUGAAAUACACCAUCGCCAGUCCACAUCAAGUCCUGAGCCUGAGAGGCAGAUGGUCGAUGCCAUAAAGCAGUCAUCCUCUGCAACCAGUCUUGAUUCAGCUUUUCAUGGAGAUGUUGGAUUCUCUGCUGUUGAUUCCCCACAAAAGAAUAAAUUAAGAGCUGUUAUGCCAAAUGUAUCUCCAGAGUUGUUGCAUUUGGUGGAUUCUGCAAUCAUGGGGAAGCCUGAGAGCUUAGAAAAGCUGAAGAAUAUCGUUAGUGGCGAUGAGAAUUUUGGAUCUGGAGAUGAAAUGGAUAGUAUCGCCUUCUUGGUAGUUGAUUCUCUUAUUGCCACGAUGGGUGGUGUAGAGAGUUUUGAAGAAGAUGAAGACAACAAUCCCCCAAGUGUGAUGUUAAACUCGCGGGCGGCCAUUGUGGCAGGUGAGCUUAUUCCUUGGCUUCCUUGGGUGGGAGAUAGUGAUAAAUUUAUGUCCCCUAGGACAAGGAUGGUCAGAGGACUACUUGCUAUAUUACGGGCAUGUACUAGAAACAGAGCAAUGUGCUCCAUUGCUGGUUUGUUGGGUGUUCUGUUGAUAUCUGCCGAGAGGAUUUUUCUCCGGGAAGAUAAUUCAACUGAGGCAACGACAUGGGAUGGAACUCCUUUAUGCUACUGCAUUCAAUACUUGGCUGGGCAUUCACUUAGUGUUGUCGAUUUGCAUAGAUGGUUUCAAGUCAUUAAUAGGACGCUGAACACUGAAUGGUCAAAAAGAUUAAUGCUUGGAUUGGAGAAGGCUAUGGGUGGGAAGGAGUCAAGGGGGCCUGCAUGUACAUUCGAGUUUGAUGGCGAAAGCUCUGGCCUGCUUGGUCCUGGAGAGAGCCGUUGGCCAUUUAUGAAUGGAUACGGUUUUGCAACGUGGAUAUAUAUUGAAUCUUUUGCAGAUACAUUAAAUGCUGCAACUGCUGCAGCAGCAAUUGCUGCUGCAGCUGCAGCUAAGUCUGGCAAAUCAUCAGCCAUGUCUGCAGCUGCUGCUGCCAGUGCACUGGCUGGUGAAGGCACUGCACACAUGCCAAGGUUGUUCAGUUUCCUGUCGGCUGAUAAUCAGGGGGUGGAGGCCUACUUUCAUGCCCAGUUUCUAGUUGUUGAAUGUGGUAGUGGAAAGGGCAAGAAGGCCUCUUUGCAUUUUACUCAUGCAUUUAAGCCGCAAUGCUGGUAUUUCAUUGGUCUCGAACAUACAAGCAAGCAGGGGAUUCUUGGGAAAGCAGACAGUGAGCUCAGGUUGUAUAUUGAUGGAUCUUUGUAUGAAAGUCGCCCUUUUGAAUUCCCUCGAAUUUCUAAGCCCCUUUCUUUUUGCUGUAUUGGAACAAAUCCACCCCCUACUAUGGCUGGUUUACAAAGACGUCGCCGCCAAUGCCCUUUGUUUGCUGAGAUGGGGCCUGUUUAUAUUUUCAAGGAACCAAUUGGCCCUGAGAGGAUGGCGCGCUUAGCUUCUAGAGGGGGGGAUGUGCUGCCUGCAUUUGGCUCAGGAGCUGGGUUGCCUUGGCUGGCGACAAAUGACCAUGUGCGAAAUAUGGCUGAAGCAAGUGCUGUUCUUGAUACUGAAAUUGGAGGAUGCAUCCACCUUCUCUAUCAUCCCAGUCUACUCACCGGCCGAUUUUGUCCAGAUGCUUCUCCCAGUGGCGCUGCUGGUAUGUCAUUCAUUUCUCUGUUAACUAUCAAGAGUACACUCAGACGACCAGUGGAGGUUCUUGGGCAAGUUCAUGUUGCGACUAGAAUGCGGCCAGUGGACGCGUUGUGGGCCUUGGCUUAUGGUGGUCCCAUGUCUUUACUUCCUUUUGUGGUUCCAAGUGUUGAUAAAGACAGCCUUGAACCGCAACUAGGGGAUCUUCCGCUUUCUUUGGCCACAACUAAUCUGGCCGCUCCAAUAUUCCGUAUCAUAUCCAGAGCUAUCCAACAUCCUGGGAACAACGAAGAGUUGUGUCGUGUUAGGGGACCUGAAGUUCUCUCCAGACUUCUAGACCACCUUUUGCAAACCUUGUCAGCAAUCAAUGUUGGCCAUAGUGAUGGUGUAGCAGACGAGGAACUUGUUGCAGCGAUUGUCUCCUUAUGUCAGUCUCAAAAGAUUAACCAUACUCUCAAAGUACAGCUUUUUAGUAGGCUGCUGUUGGAUCUAAAAAUUUGGAGCUUGUGCAACUAUGGUUUGCAGAAGAAGCUUCUUUCUUCACUAGCAGACAUGGUUUUUACAGAGUCAUCGGUGAUGCGAGAUGCCAAUGCUAUUCAAGUGCUUCUUGAUGGCUGCAGAAAAUGCUAUUGGACAAUCUGCGAAAAGGACUCUGUCAAUAACUUUUCUAUAAAUGAUACAACCCGGCCAGUAGGUGAAGUCAAUGCUUUAGUAGAUGAACUCUUGGUGAUCAUUGAGCUUUUAAUUGGUUCAGCACCUCCAUCAAUAGCUGCAGAUGACAUUCGGUGCCUGCUUGGUUUCUUGGUUGAUUGUCCCCAGCCCAAUCAGGUUGCCAGGGUGUUGCAUCUGGUCUACAGAUUGGUGAUACAGCCUAAUACAUCUAGAGCUCACAUGUUUGCUGAGGCAUUCAUAGCAUGUGGUGGCAUAGAAACCCUUCUUGUUUUGUUGCAACGGGAAACAAAAGCUGGCGAUGAGAGUAUUCCAGAGUUGUCGUCUGAAAAUAAUGGAAGUCUUUCACCUCCUGGACUGCAACUGGCGAGCAGUAGUGGGUUUUCUGAAGUUAGUCAAGACAAUGAAGUAGGUGCUCUGGAAGUGAAUGAAGCAAUUUCAAACGAGAAGCAUCAUAAUCAUUCCCCCACUGGUAGUGGUGGCACUCCGGUUUCUUCAGGCUUGAAGAUUGAAAGGAUGAUAUCCGUGUCUGAAAAUCCUUUCUUGAAGAAUUUGGGGGGUAUAACCUUAUCAAUUAGCGCUGAUAAUGCGAGGAAUAAUGUCUACAAUGUUGAUAAGAGGGAUGGAAUAGUUGUUGCAAUUAUUGGGUUAUUAGGUGCUUUGGUAUCUCUGGGACUACUGAGUUUUGGUUCUCCUGCUCCCUCGGAUAUGACGACUAAUCUUAUGGGUAGUGGAUUACAUGAAGGAGGCAGUACCAUGUUUGAUGAUAGAGUUUCUCUUUUGCUUUUUGCGCUACAAAAAGCAAUUCAGGCAGCACCCAACAGGCUACUGACUAACAAUGUGUACACGGCUCUGCUGGCAGCCUCGAUAAAUGCUUCUUCAACAGAUGAUGGGCUUAAUUUUUAUGACUCUGGUCAUCGCUUUGAGCACUCCCAGCUGCUAUUGGUCCUUUUACGGUCACUUCCCUACACUUCCAGGUCCUUGCAGAGCAGGGCCAUGCAGGAUCUUCUGUUUUUGGCUUGCAGUCAUCCAGAAAAUAGAAAUAGUCUGAUUACAAUGGAGGAAUGGCCCGAGUGGAUCCUUGAAAUCCUUAUCUCCAAUUAUGAGAUGGGUGCCGUUAACCACUCUACUUCACCAAGCUUAGGAGAUAUAGAGGAUCUUAUACACAACUUCUUGAUAAUCAUCUUAGAGUAUUCAAUGCGCCAGAAGGAUGGUUGGAAGGAUAUUGAAGCUACAAUUCACUGUGCUGAAUGGCUCUCUAUAGUUGGUGGUUCUAGUACAGGAGAUCAACGAAUUAGACGUGAGGAAUCCUUGCCUAUUUUCAAGAGAAGGCUUCUGGGUGGUUUGCUGGACUUUGCUGCUAGAGAAUUACAAGUUCAGACUCAAGUUAUUGCCGCAGCAGCUGCUGGUGUUGCAGCCGAGGGGUUAUCCCCAAAAGAGGCAAAAGUGGAAGCAGAGAAUGCUGCACAGCUCUCUGUGGCUCUUGUAGAGAAUGCAAUAGUGAUGUUGAUGCUCGUUGAAGAUCAUUUACGAUUGCAAAGCAAAUUAUCUAAUGCAUCAAGGGCCACUGAUAUUUCCCCUUCUCCCCUUUCGCUUGUAUCUCCAUUGGGUAAUCGCUCAAAUUCAUCAACAAAUAUUGGAGAGUCAUCAGAACCUAUGGAUGACCGUCGAUCAUUGUUCAGUGAUUCUGCUGGACUCCCUCUUGAUGUGCUUGCUUCUAUGGCUGAUGCAAAUGGUCAAAUAUCUACUGCAGUUAUGGAGCGUCUGACUGCUGCAGCUGCAGCUGAGCCUUAUGAAUCUGUUUCCUGUGCUUUUGUGUCUUAUGGCAGCUGUGCAGUUGAUUUAGCGGAGGGUUGGAAAUUUAGGAGCCGGCUAUGGUAUGGUGUCGGCCUUCCGUCAAAAGCCUCUGUCCUUGGCGGUGGAGGUAGUGGCUGGGAAUGCUGGAAGUCUGCUUUGGAAAAAGAUGCAAAUGGAAACUGGAUUGAACUUCCAUUGGUAAAGAAGUCAGUUGCCAUGCUUCAAGCUCUAUUACUGGAUGAGUCUGGACUUGGGGGUGGUCUUGGUAUUGGCGGAGGAUCAGGCACUGGUAUGGGAGGAAUGGCAGCGCUCUACCACUUACUAGACAGUGAUCAGCCAUUCUUAUGCAUGCUCAGAAUGGUCCUUCUUUCAAUGAGGGAAGAGGAUGAUGGUGAAGAUAGUAUGCUACUGAGGAAUAUUAGCAUAGAAGAUGGUGUAUCAGAUGCAUCAAAUCGCAUGGUGGGCAACCUCAUGACUCUAGAUAGCAAUUCUCGAAUGUCAACACGGAAACCACGCUCAGCUUUGCUCUGGAGUGUUCUUUCACCAGUUCUGAACAUGCCAAUUUCGGAAUCCAAAAGGCAACGGGUGCUGGUUGCUUCUUGUGUUCUAUACUCUGAGGUAUGGCAUGCAGUGGGCAGGGAGAGACAACCUCUUCGAAAACAGUAUCUUGAGGCUAUUGUACCUCCAUUUGUUGCAGUAUUGCGGAGGUGGCGACCACUCUUGGCUGGAAUACAUGAGCUUGCAACUGCUGAUGGUCUGAACCCUCUAAUUGUUGAUGAUCGUGCCUUGGCAGCCGAUGCACUUCCUGUAGAGGCUGCUCUUUCCAUGAUUUCUCCUUCUUGGGCAGCUGCUUUUGCUUCACCCCCUGCUGCAAUGGCAUUGGCAAUGAUUGCUGCAGGAGCAGCUGGAGGUGAUGCUCCGGCUCCGAUAACAAGUACUCAGCUCAAGCGUGACUCGUCAUUGCUUGAGCGCAAAACAGCUAGGCUCCAAACAUUUUCCAGCUUCCAACAUACUGGGGAGGUACCUAGCAAAUCACCAGCUGUUCUGAAGGACAGGGCUACUGCAAAAGCCGCCGCCUUGGCAGCAGCACGUGAUCUUGAGCGUAAUGCAAAAAUCGGUUCAGGGAGGGGUCUCAGUGCUGUAGCAAUGGCCACAUCUGCUCAGCGUAGGAAUGUGAGUGAUAUGGAGCGGGUCAGGAGAUGGAAUCUUUCUGAAGCAAUGGGAAUUGCCUGGAUGGAAUGUCUUCAAUCAGUUGACAGAAAAUCAGUCUAUGGGAAGGACUUUAAUGCUCUAACCUACAAAUUCGUUGCUGUUCUUGUUGCAAGUUUUGCUCUAGCAAGAAAUAUACAACGGUCAGAGGUUGACCGACGUGCACAAGUUGAUCAAUUCGCUAGGCAUCACCUGUAUGCUGGAAUUCAUGGAUGGCGCAAACUCAUCCAUUGUUUGAUAGAGAUGAACAGUCUUUUUGCACCAUUUGGAGACCGCUUGUGCAACUCUGCUAGGGUUUUUUGGAAGUUGGAUUCCAUGGAAACCUCCUCCAGGAUGAGACAGUGUUUGAGAAGGAACUACAAAGGAUGUGACCAUUAUGGUGCUGCUGCUGAUCAUGAUGAAGUUGUAAAGAAACUAGAUCAAAAGAAUGUUAUGGAUCCAUCUGGUGCUCCAGCUCUCACAGCUGAUGCAAUUUCAAUGGAGCUUGAGAAUGAGGAUGACGAACAGGCAGAAAUAGACAAUAUCGAGGGUAAAACCAGUAAUGUGGAUCCAAGUGACGAAAACCAAUCGAGUUUGUCUGGAAAAGCACAGCAAAACCUGCAGGUGGUGGCAGAAUCCAGUGAUAUUCAAUUUGGUAGUGAGCAAGACUUGGUUCAAAGUUCGUCUGCUGUUGCUCCUGGCUACGUGCCUAGUCAAGUGGAUGAAAGAAUUGUGCUUGAGCUUCCUUCAUCCAUGGUCCGACUUCUGAGGGUUGUACGAGGAACCUUCCAAAUAACAACCAGGAGAAUAAACUUCAUUGUCGAGCAUGUUGUGGACAAUAAUUACACAGAUGAUAUGGAAGACAAAUCUGAAUCAACGGAGGACGAAAAGGAUUACAGCUGGCCGAUAUCUACACUUCAUCAGAUCUACAGCCGAAGAUACUUGUUAAGACGAAGUGCUCUGGAGUUAUUUAUGGUUGAUCGUUCGAAUUUCUUCUUUGAUUUCGGGAGUAUAGAAGGUAGAAGAAAUGCUUACCGAGCCAUAGUUCAAGCACAUCCUCCUCAUUUGAGCAACAUUUAUCUUGCAACCCAGAGACCAGAACAACUUCUCAAGAGAACUCAGCUGAUGGAGCGUUGGGCUAGGCGAGAGAUUAGCAACUUUGAAUAUUUAAUGCAUCUGAAUACCCUGGCAGGACGCAGUUACAAUGACAUCACUCAGUAUCCAGUUUUUCCUUGGAUUCUUGCGGAUUACAGUUCGAAGAAUUUGGAUCUUUCUGAUCCUUCUUCCUAUCGAGAUCUAUCAAAGCCUGUUGGUGCCUUGAACCCUGAUCGGCUCGAAAAAUUCCAAGAGAGAUAUUCUAGUUUUGAUGAUCCCAUUAUCCCCAAAUUUCAUUAUGGUUCACAUUAUUCCAGCGCUGGAACAGUGCUAUAUUAUCUUGUAAGGGUUGAACCUUUCACAACUUUGUCCAUUCAACUGCAAGGUGGUAAGUUUGACCAUGCAGACAGAAUGUUUUUUGACGUAGCUGCUACUUGGAAUGGAGUUCUUGAGGACAUGAGCGAUGUGAAGGAAUUGGUUCCUGAGCUAUUUUACCUUCCGGAGAUUUUAACCAAUGAGAAUUGCAUUGAUUUUGGUACGACGCAGAUGGGGGACAAGCUUGAUAGAGUGAAACUUCCGCCUUGGGCUGAAAGCCCAAUUGACUUCAUCCAUAAGCAUCGGAUGGCUCUUGAAAGUGAGCAUGUAUCGGCACAUUUGCAUGAGUGGAUCGAUCUUAUAUUUGGGUAUAAACAACGUGGGAAGGAAGCUAUAUCAGCAAACAAUGUCUUCUUCUAUGUCACCUAUGAAGGAGCAGUCGAUAUUGACAAGAUCUCGGACCCAGUGCAUCAGCGCGCUACACAAGAUCAAAUAGCUUAUUUUGGACAAACGCCAUCCCAGCUCCUAACACUACCACAUAUGAAGAGGCUGCCAUUAGCUGACGUUCUUCAUUUACAGACAAUAUUUCGGAACCCUAAAGAAGUCAGACCUUAUACUGUCCCAACACCUGAGAGAUGCAAUCUACCUGCGGCUGCAAUGCAUGCAUCUUCAGAUUCAGUUGUCAUUGUUGAUGUAAAUGCUCCAGCGGCACAUGUUGCACAGCAUAAAUGGCAGCCAAACACACCUGAUGGUCAAGGAACUCCAUUCCUCUUCCAGCACGCAAGGGCUGCUACAAACUCCACCGGUGGAACAUUCAUGCGCAUGUUCAAAGGGACAGCCGGACCUGGUGCAGAUGAAUGGAAAUUUCCCCAAGCACUAGCAUAUGCAACAUCAGGAAUUAGAAGCUCAGCAAUAGUUUCCAUCACAUCUGACAAAGAAAUCAUCACGGGUGGACAUGCGGACAAUAGUAUCAAGGUAAUAUCUUCUGACGGAGCAAAAACGCUAGAAACGGCAAUUGCACACUGUGCUCCAGUGACUUGCCUUGCUCUUUCACCAGAUAGCUACUACCUUGUAAGCGGCUCGCGAGAUGCGACAGUUUUACUUUGGAAGAUUCAUCGGGGCUUUGGUACUGGUUCAAGUAGCAUAUCGGAUCUUCCUACCAGUGCAGGCACACCAACUUCAAGCACCAACAGUACUCAAAACAUCUUGGCUGACAAAAGCAGAAGACGUCGUAUUGAAGGUCCAAUACAUGUUCUUCGAGGCCACCUCAGGGAAAUAAGUUGCUGCUGUGUUAGCUCAGAUCUAGGGAUUGUUGUGUCAUGUUCCUAUUCAUCUGAUGUUUUAUUGCAUUCAAUAAGGAGGGGCCGGUUGAUCAGAAGAUUGGCUGAUGUUGAGGCACAUGCUAUUUCCCUUUCAACCAAGGGAGUUAUUAUGACUUGGAACGAAUUAAGACAUACACUCAGCACCUUUACUCUCAAUGGUGUACCAAUUGCUACAGCACAACUCCCUCUUUCUUGCAACAUCAGCUGCAUGGAGAUUUCUAUGGAUGGGGAAAAUGCUCUGCUGGGAAUAAAUUCAUCUUCAGAAAACUCUGGAUCCUCUAGUAGUAACAAGGAUUUGAACUUCAAAACCUCUGUCCUUGAAGAGAACGAUAAAGAGUUGGAUGAAACUGGUCAAAUUUUAGACAUUCAGUCAUCGUCACUUUGUUUCCUAGAUCUCCAUACUCUUAAGGUGUAUCACACGCUAAAGCUGGUGGAUGGACAAGAUAUCACAGCUGUGGCGCUGAACAAGGACAACACAAAUCUUUUGGUGUCUACCGCGGACAAGCAGUUGAUAAUAUUCACUGAUCCAGCAUUGAGCGUGAGAGUCGUGGAUCAAAUGCUCAAGCUGGGUUGGGAGGGUGAUGGGCUUAGCCCUCUUAUAAAACCAUAGUCGAAGGAGAUUGAACUGUGUCCAAUUGAUGACUCAAAGGGCAAAACUGCACAGCUAGACAGAAGAGCAAGGGUUGCAAGCACAGAUUGAGUGGCAUUCGUGAAUUUUUCGUCAAUGCUGGACUCGCGGCUUCCCUAUUUUCUGCAGUUUGCAAUGUUGUAUCAGGCAAGCGGAUCAACCUGCAACCCUUUGAGUACGCGACAGUUUCUUUUGGGACGGUUUAGAUAUUGUCAUUAAUAUAAGUUGAAGCUGAGAUAGAGGGAGAGGGAGAGAGAGGCUCUGUGGAUUGAGCUAUUCAUUUUUGUCGACCAUUUUUUUUUAUUAGAGUAGAAUACGAGAGUAUAGCAUUUUUUAAUUCGUGUAAUCCUUUUCUUUUGAUUGGCUGUAAAAUGGUGAGACUACUUGGUGCUUUUGAAAAGGUCUUGUAAAUUAAAUCUUCAUAUUAAUCAAAACUCAUCUGUACACGUAAA